GUCCCAGCCGGUUAUUUCCCUUCCUGCUCGUCGCCGUCGCCCAUGUUGUGUGUUUCAGUGCAGCCGAGCUCGAACAGUGACUCGAUUGCGGCUCGUGAGUGCUACCUGUUGAGCAGGUGAGCGGAGACGCCCCCCCGCCGCCGCGCUGAAGUUUCGAUUGAACCACUACUCAGAUAUGUUUCAUAUUUGGAAUCACAAGAACAACAACAACAACAACAACACAUGUUCUUCACAACAUCUGUAUCACGUGACAUCAAAAACGAGGGGCAACAGAGAGAGUCGGGAGGUGACGGAGGGUCGGCUUGUGCGGGCAGACCUGCGCCAUUGUUCUCUGGAAAAGGCGACAAAUGGAGAGGAAGGAGGUGCAAUUUCAGAUUUUGCAGCCUCCGACCUGAUCUCAGUCUCCGGCAACUACACGUUUGGUCUUCACGCGGGCGUCCUGAGCUACAGCAGCCUGGUUUUGCCGAGGUGCAGAACUGCGGGGGUCAGAGAGUCUCCGGCAAAGCUUUUAAACAUCCCAGUGUAACCUUGCUGGACCCGGACCCGGACCCGGACCCGGACCGGAGAAACACAGUACCACUCGCACUCCGCGCACAGUCCCAGGAGUUCAGACGCGGAGCGCUUCGAGAAAUGGAAAGUUUUCCGGGAGAGGAGGAGGGUGCCUGUGCACGUGUGUGUGUGUGUGUGUGUGUGUGUGUGAGAAACCGCGGCGUCGAAUGGCUAGUAAACUGUUUAAAGGACUGGUGCAAUGUGAUGGAUGAGUGCGGCGCACAGGAGGAACUGCUGAGCGUCAAGUUUACGAGGAGGAGGAGGAGAAACGAAAGGAGGUUUCCUCGUGGACGCGUUGCCCUCGUGCGGCGAAACGGGCGGAGUGGUUUUUCACUGUAACUUUCCCCCCCCGAGCGUCAGCUCCGCUUUCGGGGCCCGAGGACCGAGAUUUUCCGUCGGGUCAGUGGAAAAUUUCUUUUCUCACAUAUGACUCACGACCGGCUGAACUUUCUGAGAUUCGACCGACCGAAUCCGUGGGCCUCAACUCAAGUUCAUGAAUUCACGCCACCCAGAGUCCCUCCAAAACAUGAAGUGCUUACAUUUGAUAAGUCACCCCAGUCAGUAGGAUUCACCCUCUGCAGACCGCGAAUGCCUGCACAAAAGAUGUCGUCUCGACCCGCUCAAUAGCUAUUGAGACGUUUCGGUCCGGACCAGACCGACGGACCGACACCUCCAUUUCGCGGAGCCAGGCCUUCCGACAUGGCUGAAAAGGGGCCCAGUACGGGUCUCGUGUCGGGGCCGUGACGAGAAUCGGAUCAAAACUCCUUCUAGCAUGAAAAACUUCAGUGGUUCCAACUUGAAUGUCACCAACCCUGACCCAAACCCCGAGGAUGACAGCGUUGUUAGCAAUGACUUCUCCACAACCUUGGGUGCCCUCAUCCUCGGCUUGGUCUUCCUCCUGGGCGUCCCUGGCAACUUCUUCAUCGUCUGGAGCAUCCUGGCGCGCGUCCGACGACGCUCAGUCACCACCAUCCUCAUCCUCAACCUGGCGUGUGCCGAUGGCUUCCUCAUGAUCCUCACCAUCUUCUUCAUUGUCUACCUGGCCAAGCAGACAUGGGUCUUUGGUAACGCCAUGUGUAAAGGCCUGUUCUACCUGUGCAACUCCAACAUGUACGCGUCCAUCUUUCUGAUCACACUGAUGAGCGUGCACAGGCUGGUGGCUGUGGUGUUUCCAAGCAAAUUGUCCUCCACAGCCAGGAGGAAGAUUAUGGGGAGGGUGCUUGUCUGCAUGUGGGUGCUGGUGGUGUUGAUUUCUAUCCCGUCACUGGUGUUUCGGGACAUGAGAAUGGACAGAGAUGAGAGGAACAAAAUAAGACUGGUGUGUGCGCCCAAUCACACCCUUCCUCGACAUGUGCGUUUUCACUACGCCUUCGAGACAGUGGUGGGAUUCAUUCUUCCCUACGCAAUCAUCAUAGCCAGCUACCUCCUCAUCCUGAGACGCCUGAAGCAGACCAAGUUCCAGCGAAAGGUCCGCAGCGAGAAACUCAUCCUGGCCAUCGUGGUGAUGUUCGGCACUUUCUGGCUGCCGUACCAUGUUAUCAACAUGAUACAGGUCGCAGCUCAGUGGUACCCAGAGGAAUCACACACAAGAGAAGUAUUGGACCACAUCUCUCAGUCCAGUCGGGCCGUGACCUCAGCUUUGGCCUUCAUCAGCAGCUGUGCCAAUCCUGUACUCUACACCUUCGCCGGGAAGUCCUACAUAAAGCAGAAUGGCUUUGCCUUCAUGGCUAAGCUCUUUGAUGGCAUCUCGGACCAAACAGGGACCAAAAAGAGUCGGGUCAUGGCUAAAGACACUGUGGGAAACAGUAGUCUUGACUCCUCUGUCGGCACGGGGGUUCCUCUCAGACAAAAUGAAAGAUGAGCUUUGAAAAAAAAAAAAAAAAAACUUUGCUGUACUAAAAAACCCAAAGCACUAGCUCAGAGCUGAACAUUAAGUAUUUUCUCUUGUAGAUAGAAACAUAGGUUUGACUGGAAGUCAGUGUAACAGCCACAAGAAAUAAUAUUGUUUAUACCUGACCUGUAUAUCAGAACUGUACAUAGUUUUUACAUUUGUAGUUUAUUACAUUUUGUAGCAGUUACAGAGAAUAACACUUGACAAUUUAUAAUAAGUUCAAAAAUACUACAACAUACUGUGUCUACUUGGGGAGCAGUUGCACUGUGAGAAAAACACAAACUUGAAUUCUGUAACAGGAAACACUUUACUUCAAAUCCCCGUAUUUAGAAUUUAUAUUCAGUGUAUUAACAUUUUGUAAAUGGCUUAUAACGUACUAUAAUGUAGUUUUAUGCAGCUAUAAUUACAUUUUAGGUAUUAAUGUACAUUAUUUGUCCACAAUUACAACUUCUUCUAUGAGGACAUUUUUUUUAUUAAUACAGCUGUGUUUUGUCCAUAUUGUCAUUCAUUAUGUCUACUCAGCAGCCUCCACCUAUAGGUGUCCACAGGAGGAGUCAGUUGUUGAUAAAUACAUUAAUAAAUGCUUAUAUCUGCUUACAACUAAAUUAUGAGUUAUAAACCAUUUAUUACAUGUUUAUGUACCGCUUAAAAAUGCUAAGUAGGGGAACUUGAAGUGUUGCCCAUGACCCUCAUAAACUGACCCUUCCGAUAAAUGAAUUUAGUGCCCGUUCCGGUCUUUUUUUUGUGAAUCCGUGCUUAUCCGGUUCUUCAUUUAGGUAUUUUAUCUCAACACAAUCUGAAUACACCAGUAUGAACAGGAUCUGGUGAAUGACACGUUUCUUCAUUGUGGAAAACUCAAAUCCACUCUCUAAACACUUAUUGUGGAGGUGCAGAUCAGUUUUCCCCUGUUUGAAAUGUCUGGAACACGUUGUCAAAGCCUUGAACCAACUUUACAGACGAACUUGGCCGUUUUCUACUGGACUGGCCAGUGUCCGUAAUGAGAACCUAAAUGAAAUCAAGGUACAGACUCUUUGCCCCCCCCCAAUGAGAUUUACAAGUUUUAAUCAUUCUUUUUGAUUUGGUUUCACUGUAAGGUGGGAUUUUUCAUAAUGCAGUAAUGACAAUUGUUACCAGUGUUUUUGAAUUUCUGUUGUUGCACAACGUAAAUCUCAGCUUCAGUCUUGGGUCAAUUUGAAGUGAUGCACUGAUGUAUUUCUUUUAAAACACUGGACUAAGUUCUGUUCUACCCCAAUUUAAAAAAAAAAAAAAAA